UCUCUUGUACACUGAGGAACAAGCCAAUCAUUGAGUAAAACAUGAAUUAUUUYGUCAACGUCGUUUUUUUUGCAGCUAUCGCCAUUAUAGGCGUAGAGAGCACCAUAACUGAUAACUCCAAGCAAGCUAUGGUGUCUUCAUCAUACGGCGGUGGAUAUGGUGGUGGCUCUUCACCAUCCUACUCGGCCCCAGCUCCUGCGUCAGCGCCUUCAUAUGGUGGUUCUUCAUCAUCAUCGUACUCUGCACCGGCUCCAGCGUCAGCACCCUCAUAUGGCAGCUCUGCUCCUUCAUACUCUGCACCAGCACCUGCACCAUCAUAUGGUAGUUCUCCAUCGUACUCAGCACCUGCUCCAGCGCCGUCAUAUGGAAGUUCUGCACCAUCAUAUUCUGCACCAGCAGCUCCUGCGCCAUCCUACUCUGCACCAGCACCUUCACCAUCCUACUCGGCACCUGCAGCUGCAGCRCCAUCUUAUGCGGCCCCAGCCCCAGCUGCUGUAGCAUACCCUGCACCUGCACCAGCAUCGGCACCAUCUUAUCCUGCACCACCAUGCCCUAAAAACUAUGUUUUUAGCUGCCAACCCUCUUUAUCGCCUGUGGCUUGCAGUGCCCCAAGUAGCAGCGGUGGAUACGGUUCAGCGGCCGCUUAUUCCCAAUAUGUGCCAUCACCUUCCGCAAAGCCUGCCGAACAAUACGCUAUGCCCAGCUACGCCCCUAAGCCCAGCUACGCUCCUAAGCCCAGCUACGCUCCUANCCAGCUACGCUCCUAAGCCCAGCUACGCUCCUACGCCCAGCUACGCUCCACCGCCCAGUUACGCUCCUAAGCCCAGCUACGCUGCUCAGUCCAGCUACACUCCUAAGCCCAGCUAUGCAGCAAAUACCCCUGAGAAAUCAUCGUGUAUGGCAGUAUUAGGGCAACCUCUCAAAUGGUAAUGAGGACAACACUACAUACACACCCAAUAAAGGA